AUGGGGCAUCACUCUUGCUGUAACCAACAAAAGGUGAAGAGAGGCCUAUGGUCACCGGAGGAAGAUGAAAAGCUUAUUAGAUAUAUCACAUCUCAUGGGUAUGGAUGCUGGAGUGAAGUCCCAGAAAAAGCAGGUCUUCAAAGAUGUGGUAAGAGUUGCCGAUUGAGAUGGAUUAAUUAUUUGAGGCCUGAUAUCAGAAGAGGGAGGUUCACUCCGGAGGAAGAGAAGUUGAUUAUUAGCCUUCAUGGGGUUGUGGGAAACAGAUGGGCUCAUAUAGCAAGCCACUUACCUGGAAGAACAGACAACGAGAUAAAGAAUUACUGGAAUUCAUGGAUCAAAAAGAAGAUAAGAAAACCCUGUACACCUGCAAUCACAACUAGUGCAUCAUCUAAUGAACAUUCCCAUAUAAACUACUGCUCUGGUCAAGUACUAGAUCACUUGGUGAAUCAAGAAUUAACGACAAAGCCACCAGUUCAAAAUCAAACCCUUUUCUCUUCGUCAGCUCCUUUGUUUUUGUUCGAUGCACCACCGUUAAUACAAUCAAUCACAGAUAAUACCACUGUUCGUGGAGGCGAGUUGUUUCAUGAUUCAGCAAUCCUGAACACAGGGACAUGGAAUUUGGAUCAUCAAAGUCAUGAUCACAGCAACAUUAAUCAAGGACUAGUACCUCCUCCUCUUGCAACACCAUUCACGAGUGGUAUUGAUACGAACUAUCUGCCACCAUUGAUAGAGAACAUCGAAAACAUGGUGACAAUUGAUCAUCAAGUGCAAUCAUGCAGCAUGGAUGAGGAAGGAGAGAUAGCACUUGAGUGCUUAAGGAGACAAGAAUUGAAUGAAUGGGUUGAAUCACAGCAAUGCUCAAACUUUCUGUUUUGGGACAUAAACGUUGAAGGAUCAAUACUAGGUGGAUCAGAUCAUGAUCAUCAACAGAUUGAUCCAGCCGCUAAUUCACCAAGCAUGGGCACAAAUCUAUCGGCUUUCCCUUCAUCUCUAUAA